AUGGAGACGUACGACGAGGAAUUUCUGCCGGGGCUGCCGAACGACAUCGCAAUUCCGUGCAUCGCUAGGGUAUCGCGGAGCGCGCUGGGCGUGAUGCGGUGCGUGAAUCGGUCGUGGCGCAAGCUGCUGGCGUCGCCGUCCUUCUUCGAGUACCGCAAGAACGAGGGCCUGAGCGAGCCGUGGCUGUACGUGAUGCUGUGCGAUCUCUCGUCGCAAGCGCGCUGGAAGGCGUUCGAUCUGGCCGGCAAAAAAUGGUGGACGCUGCCGCCGCUGCCCAAGCGCACGGGCUCGGCCUGCGCCGUGCUCGAGUCGAAGCUGUACAUGAUCGGCGGCAAGUCCGGCAGCUGCUGCGCGUCCAAGGAGGUGCUGGUCUACGAUCCGUGCUUCAACAAGUGGAGCGAGGGCGCGCACAUGCGCGUGCCCCGCGAAUUCCCGGCCAUGGGCGCCAUCGGGGGCAAGAUGUACGUGAUGGGCGGCUGCCUGCCGCGCGCCUGGGCCGGCACCUCGGCCUGGGCCGAGGUCUUCGAUCCCAAGCAGGGCGACAUGGGCGAGUGGGACGUGUUCCCCACGCCCACCGAGCUCAUGCGCGAGCGCUGGAUGCACGGCAGCGCCGUCAUGGACGACAAGCUCUUCGCGGUGGGCGACACGGGCGGCCUCGUGCUCGACCCCUUCGCCGAGGAUCUGAGCCCCGUGCCCGACUCGCUCAACGAGUGCUGGCGCGGCAAGGCCGCCGUCGUCAACGACAAAUUAUUCUCGUGGAAUUAUCUGGACAAGAUCAUCGGCUACGACCUCAGAACCGAGUCGUGGCGGCCCCUGCAGGUGGUCGGCCGGCAGCUGCCGCGCCUCGAGUGGGGCAUCAACCUCGUUAGCGUAGCGGGCAAACUUCUAGUCAUAGGGGAGCAUCCCGGCCAAGGGCCCUCGUCCGUGCUCGAGAUGACCGCUGUAAGUAUCGAAGAUGACGGAGAGGACAAUACUUUGCGAGGUAAAGUGGUGUGGUCGCACACGUUUACUCUCGAUGUCAAAGUGUUGCAUAUCUUGAAAUGUGAGUGUAUUGCGCUGUAA